AUGUUACCAGCCGAGGCGCCAUACCUUCCUGCAGGGCGCUACCCCCGUGAUCCGGCCGACUUAACAUACCCCUCCGACCUAUUUGGUCCCGCGCCCCAGCGUCUCCACGAUCCUAGCGAGCAGCAUCAGGAGGUGGUGGUGGAGGGGGAGGUGGUGGCGGCAGCGGAGGAGAAGCAAGGGAUCGGCUCCAUCUUUUCCUCUAUCGACAAACAUGAUGAUCCGGCGCUCAAGGCCGAGGGUGUAGCUUCAGAGCCACCUAUUCUUCACUGGGACGACGUCUGCCUAUCCGACAGCGACGAUGAUUUAGUUGACCAGCUCAACUUGGCCGACUUGGCCGGCUUGGCCCUGGCGCACUCUGACGACGAUGAGGAGGAAGGGGUGACAGACGGCGAGGAGACAAAUUGCCCAGGGAAGAAAUUUCCCAGGGAGAAAGCCAAACUGAUACAGACGGUGUGGGUAAGGAGUGACAUCAAACAGAACGAAGAACACAGAGAGCUGUGCAAGAUGCUUCUAGAUCUAGGACAUGAGUGGUCUGCCCUUCCUCCUUUUCCUAUGAAAGUAUUCCCUCACGUAAUAGGCGCAUGCGUUUUGCGGGGAUACUGUCACCACCGUAUAUACAGAACCCAUCAUACUUCCACCACAAAAUCAACUCUUGGAUAUCGCGAACCAAAUCGGAUGCUACAGGUAUUCUCGCUGCGUUUGUCAAGCUCUGCAUCAUAUCCUGUUAGUGUCUAUGGAAUAAUCGCCGUUCGGGAUUCCUUGGAGCCUCUGCGGAAUUACGUGUUUAAUCGUCCCUGCAGAGAUGAUGCUGUCACCAUUGACCAGGAUUCCUUUAUCCUACCCCUUUGUAGCCCUUGUCGAGGAAUGUACUUACGGCAGGAUGCAUUACUAGAAGUUGAUCUGUGGGUAAAGGAGGAAGGGGAUGGAUCGGCUGACAAACAAAUACUUUCUGCGUAUGCUGAGAUUGAGAGCUGCCCAGCUUAUGAUGAAAUGCUAUAUGGACAGAUUCGUCAUGGCCUGUUCAGCUUGGACAUAGGCUACAUAUCAUUUACAAGAAGUAUCGAGGCCGUAAUAGAAGUCUUUGCAAAGGUUGAUGGUCCUCAUCAUGUGAGAUUUGGUGCUUUCAGCAGUGGCUUUGAUCAUGAGAUUGUGUUGUUUGAUGACACAUUCUCUGGGACUAAGAUGCAGUUUCAGCAUGUAGUCGUGGUGAAAGCAGAGGAAAAAUUGGAUGUUUGCUUAAAGUUGGGGGAAUCACUCUUUCGGUGGAGUUUCCAAGAUGGACAUGUUGGACCUGUUAGGAUUCCUGAUGACUCGAUGUCAAAGUAUGGCCAGUUUGAUGUGAGGGUGUUCUUUGCUCCUAAGAACUCGCGACCACCGAAAUAA